CUUUAGUCUUUAGGAAGCUCUAGAUGUUUAUUCGUUAUUGUGCAUCUCACAGUCCGCCUUUGAAUCCAAGAUUCAUCUUGACAGUCUAGUAAGAUGCCUUUGACACACUCUCUCUAGAAUUUGCUUUGCGCCAAGAAUUCUGUCUCGGUACUGCACAGUCCCGUAUGAUCUUGAAGGUAGCGCUUCUCUCGGUUGAGAACGAUUCUCUCGAUUGUUGCGACCUUUAGGAGUCUGUGUGCAGAUGGCAUAAUCAACUCUAUUGCAUUUAUUUCUCUGGUAGCGCAAGUUCAGGCUUAAUUUUAUGUAUUCUAUUUCCGAUUUUUUAGCAUAGAAGAAGAGCAGCACUAUCUCCGUGUACAUUAUAGAAAGCUGUGAACAAAAUUUUUGUGGAAGUUCUGAAGUUUUGUACUCUCUCUGAUAUUAAUUUGUUCUGAAAUUUCUCGUUGUAACAGUAACUGCUUCACUUCAUAACGCAGAAGUGUUUCUAUCGUGCCAGCGCUAUUUGCUUUUGUACUAUCUAUUGGCCAUAGAUAUCUUCCUCUCGGAACAAUGGCGUCGAGCUCUGGGGCACAGCAAAACUCGAAUCACAUGGAUUUUCUGCGUAACCAAUAGCAAAAUCUUGAGUCAGUGUCUGCGAUACAAAGUUCUUUGAAUUAUUUUCAUACAUUUCUGCAUGCAUCAGGUUUUCAAGAGAAUCAUUUUACAAACUACACGCAGGUCUCGUUGAAGAUUUGGGUGCAUGAUGACACACAGCAACGCAUAGAAAGGCGCCAUUUUUUCCUUGACAGCAGGCACUGGACUCAAGUUUUGCGCAGCAUACCGCGACGGUUUGCAUACGCUGCGUCGUCGGAAAACUCCUCCUCCUUGGGGGCAGUACCUGGAACGCCACAGAAUGGACCGCUGAGCAUCAGCAUACCCAUGUCACCUCUGAAUCAGCACUACGGAGCAGCUACCGGAGUUGGGUUCUACAACGAUAGUGCGACGCCGACUCCAAACGGAAUGAUGCCGUUUCAGGGAAUAUGGAAUGGAAAAAACACGACGACCGAGUAGCUUUUAGUUUGGGAGUCGUGUCACUUCUAUAAAGACGGGAGGCAGCGCACUCGUGUUGACAUCAGACAUAAAGAAGACCUCAUCUCUGCAUUAGGAACAACUUUUUUUUUUCGUAAGCAGGAGCAGAUGAGCCAUAUGUAUGAAAAUAACCAGUACUUUGCGACACAAGCUCGUAUUUGGUUCCCUGCCACGACCUGUGAAAAUAUUGUGCAUGAAUUUCUACUUUAUGGAUUCAGCAGGGCUCUUUCUGCUGUGUGCGUUCUCGUAUUUUUAGAGUUCCAGUAGUUUAUUUUUCUGCAGGUGGUCGCGUUUCCGUAUCCGUUUCCGUUCCAUAGAGAAACGGGAUGCUGCAUGGGUACAGCUUUCCGAACACCCCCGCGGCUAUGUCCUCCACUUCGUCGUCUCCGCAGCUCUUUUACCACGAGAAUCAGCAGCAGUAUCAUGGCAGCGGCAACGUGGGCGGGGCAAGUGGAGAUACCAGCAACUCCGUGAUGAAUAACAACUUUCAGCAACAACGGCAGCCGUUUUUCCAACACCAGUCAUAUGGACAGGCUCCACCGCAGCAUCCGCAGACCGCUCUGGCUGCGAUGAGCGGAGGUGCGGGGAUGAUGUUCAUGAACAGCGGCGGUUCAUUUUUCAAUAACGGCUUCAAUAACAAUCCCGUUUCCACCUCCGCAGCGACGACGCCGGGUGGGCAAAUGCAGCACAGCUUCUCGUCGCCUAAUGUGAACAGCGCGACCGGAACUAUGAUUGGUGUAGUCGGGGGUAGUGCAAACCACAAUCACGCUUCGUACCUGAAUAGCCCCUUCGGAGCGUCGUCAUCUACCACCACUUCCGCAGGGCGGCCGUACUUCAGCUACAUUGGGACGGCUCAGAAUCCGCACUUGAAGCAGCCAAGCAAGGUGGAAAUUUUGAACAUGUAUCUGCACACAGUGCAGGGGCACGCAGCGGGAAACGGUAAAAAUGCUAUCAGAUAGCAAAAACGCAUCAACCCAUGAUACCUUUCGCGAAGAUUGAGUCUUACUUACGUUCUUUGCAUUGACUGAGAAAAAAAAGAGGAAAAUAGUUCCUGUGUAUUUCAGGGAGCAAGAGAAUCAUUUUUACGCAUAUUCUCUGUACUGGGUAACAAUAUGGUCAUUCGUGACAAUAAUUUUUCGAAAGUUAUUCUUGAAUCUAAAACGAUAGACCAGGCACUAGAGGGCUCUAUGGGUUGUACGUUUUUCUUCACGAUAUUCGGUGCCGCCAAGCAAAGCAAGGACACUCCUGUCUUAGCGGAGAACAUCUGGCCCCUGCCGGUGCCGGUGCUGCCCCCGGGGGCGUUGGACUACCUGAACGGUGAGUCAGCAUUGAAUGUGAAGGCGAGUAACACCGCCCCCGGGACGCCCUUCUACAAUGGCGCUGCGCACCAGCAACAAGCGCCAUUUUAUCCUCCGUCGAACGGGAAUAUAAUUAGUCAGACCGCACCCUACACCCCGACGACCAGUACCGCGACCAGCACCAUCGAUAACCAAACAAACUCGGCAUUCCAGAGUUCAAUGGUGAACGCGAACAACUACGAAGAGGGUGUAAGUAAUCGGGGGAGUAACAGCACUAACAGUUCUGGACCGAACUUUUCGAAAACUCCGCGGGGCGCCGGUGGGAGCGGUCGAAGCCUGAAUAAUGGUGGGCAGCACGCGGCAAUCAACAACGCUAUGCAUAGCAAGUACAGCAGCUACAGCAACAGUAGCAACCAUACCUCGCCGUACAACACGAAAAACAGCACCAGCAGCCCAGCAACGCUGAACACGAAGACCCCUAGUAACGCCACAACGGUAGCUGGCGCCACCUCGCGGCUUUACGACAUGUUCAAUGCCAACGACGAGCAAGGAUGAGAAGAAACACGCGCAGGAGCAGCUCGCUCCCAUUGAACGACAGCGGCUAGAUCUGGCAUCUUAUUUCAUAUCUAAUUUUUGGCGAGUGCUUUUGCUUCAGCACUCCUAUAUUUUCCUAGUACUAAGUUUAUCAAUAAUGUGAAGGGUUGUACUUCCUGUUCCUUUUCCUGCAAGUUUUUGGACGUAGAAGUUGGAAAAAAGUACAAUGAUUUCGAGGAGUCACGCCAUGAGAGAAGCCUUGUGGCAAGCAAGUAUUUCUGCAGCAGCAGCACAGCUGCAUUAGUAUUUAUUAGGGAGGCCGUUCUGUAGUUUGGACUUUGAUAACUUCUAUCUCGUAGACGGUUUUCCGUCGCAAGACAGAAUCGGAUCCACUCUACAAUUUCUUACAUUUGAGGAGAUAUAUACAACUCGUUGCAGGAUGAGGAUGAAGUCAUAAAGGCAGCAGUGUCGCCAGGUCUUUAUUUUGAUGCCUCUCGUCUGUCAGGAGGAGGCGGAAAACAAGAAUUUUAUACCGCCAAUGGCAAAUAGAAAGAGCAGUACACGAGCUCUUGAGUUGUGCGCAGUAUACUAUUCUUGCUUUAUUCGACAUUGGCAGUAGACAAGAUUGAGACUCAGCAUCCUUUAGCUUCAUGAUUGAGUCGGUGACUACAGUCGAGCAUGGCUCUUUUUGCAAGGAAAGACCGACAAAAAUUUGAGGCUUCUUCGGAAAAGCCGCACUCGAUUGUGGAAGAUGAACAAAAUUGUUGUUUAAC